CCUACUUAGCGUACUCUAAUGUCAGCGAUGAUUCCCGACCUCCCUCAGCCGCACGCCAUUCGCCAGAGACAACCCUACCCACGCCUUGGCAGCCCCCUCGUGGACCAUACACAGCGCUGCUCGCCUGCUGGGCGUCCCAAGAUAGACCAUGGGCACUGCCCUAGGAACGGGGCCAUGCUUGAGUCGGUCGUCCCCUUCAGCCCUCCCAAGGCUGAACGACUGGGCGGGCGAUCGAUCCCAAGCCCUUCCUGUCAGCCUAUUUCUGACCAAGGAGGGCUCCGACGUCUCUUUCCCCGCCCUCGCUGCUCAGUAGGACUCGGCAUACCAAGGAUACACCAGGUAUAUUUGAGCACACACGAGUCCUGUCUCGCAGAAGCCCGCCUGUGUAUCCCAGUGUCCUUCAAACCCUUUUCCCACCCACUAAAGGACCCCAUCAGCCGUCAACAUUCAUCAGAAGCCGACUCAUGGCCGCAGCCCUCUACAACGCAAUGGCGCUCCUGGCACCUCGGCAAGACGACGUCGACCCCAUGCAGAAGGGAGGCGGCGGCGGCCACUCAUCUGGCGGUGGUGGUGGCCACUCCUCGAGUGGUGGCAGCAGCUCUUCUGGGUCGUCUGGAGGCAGUUCUGGCGGCAGCAGUGGAAGUAGCUCUUCUGGGUCGUCAUCGAGCGGCCUCGGUAGCGGCAGCAGCAGUGGCAGUAGUAGUGGUGGCAGCAGCAGCUACUAUCCCGGCACGGGCCCAAAGGGAUCUUCAUACCACGGCGGAGGAGCUGGCGGCGCCGGCGGGAGCAGCCUACAUUGGUGGCAGAUUCUCAUCAUCGUCUUGGUCAUCGUGUGGCUGAUCCUCUUCAUAUUCGCCCUCGUCUACUACACCCGAAAAGAGAAGAAAACCGGACAGUCGGGCAAAGACCGCGCGCCACGCAUCGUGGGCAAGGCGCUGCUCCUGUCCACCGGCCUGAUCCUGCUCGUCAAGCUCUGGCAAGCCGUGGCGCGACGAUCCGGCAAAGCUGGCGACGGAAGCCGCAGCCUCAGCGGCGGCCGCACCAAGACCGGCCUCGCUGCCCUGCGCGCAUUCUCCUUCAAGCCCGCAGACCGCGGCGGCAAGUACAACAAGAUGGAAGAAGGCCGGGCCGGCGUGAACGACCACGACGUUGACGACCUUCCCUGGACCGGCGGCGUGUACGACCACCCCAGAGCUUCUGCUACCGCUUCCGCUUCUGCCGGCGCCGGGCCUACUGCUGCUGCUGUAAUCAACGAGAAGCGGCCUACUUCCGCAACGCAGGGAUCGGGCGGCGCCGACCCAACAACGGCGGCACCAGCAGGUCACGUCCCUCCGUCAUCGUCGCGCGUGAGCAGUGUCGUUUCUGACGACGAUGACGACGACGACGAAGACGACGAUCGCCGGGGAGGGAGGCGCUUCGAGCCUAUAAGAAGACCCGCGGCGGCCUCCUCUCGGACCCCCUCGCCCGCAAGACCUCAAGGUGGUGCGGCAGCAGAGUACUACAGCGCAAGCCUGGAUGCGUCUAGAAAACCGUAGGCGAGGGUCGUGAUUCCUGUAACAGGGGCGGGAGCGGGAUAAGGGGAGGGGGGCAAAUGGGAAGGAGCCGCGCGGCAAUGAGCAGACCGCAAGCAUUAUCAAGUCGCGACGGCCGCCUCGAAUCGAGAAAGUCGUGGGGGGGCUCACAUGGCUGAUAAAUUGGUCCUAGAUUACAUACUCUUCGAUACCCUGGACAAUCCUAAACGAGACAUGAUCCAUAG